AUGGCGGGGACGGCACGGCAGCUAAGGGAUUGUACACACCAUGGUUGCAUACUGAUAGAGGAAACCUAGAAGACGGAGAGCCCUCCUGUCUCAUUUGCCUCUUUACUCCUAUUCUUCUCCUCACAGGAAGCAGCUCCAAGCCCCAUCGCAAGGACGAGGGACAACAGGGACUGCACCAUGACCUCCAGAUCAUACCUGAGUACCAGCACAGUGGCCAUUCCCACUAUCGAGGGCAGCAGUGUUGCCAUGAGCGCCUGCAGCAGCAGCGUCAGUGCCCGUCCAACCAGCUCCAUGGACAUUCAGAUGUGCUUCUCGAAGAAGCAGGACAAAGUGAAGAAGAGGGUCAUCUGGGGCAUCGAGGUGGCUGAGGAGCUGCUGUGGAAAGGCUGGGAGCUAGGGAAGGAGAUCACCAAGAACCUGGUUCUGAAAAACCUAUCCUUGAAAAUCCAGAAGAUGAAGUACAGGCCCCCCAAGACCAAGUUCUUCUUUACAGUUAUUCCUCAGCCCAUCCUCCUGAGCCCAGGCAUAACCAUCACGCUCCCCAUCAUCUUCCGGCCUCUGGAGAAGAAGGAGUACAUGGACCAGCUGUGGUUUGAGAAAGCAGAGGGGGUGUUCUGUGUGGACCUGAGGGCCACCCUGCCUUGCCACAGUCUGAUCUGCCCACCAUCCCUGCAUUUGCCCAUGUGUGCUGUGGGGGACACAGCUGAGGCCUGGUUCUGCCUGGACAAUGUAGGGGACCUGCCCACCUUCUUCACCUGGGAGUUCUCAAGCCCAUUCCAGAUGCUGCCCACCACAGGGCUGCUGGAGCCAGGUCAGGCUUGCCGGAUCAAGGUGACCUUUCAGCCUCUUGUGGCUGCCAUCCAUGAAGUUCAGGCCACGUGCUGGUAUGGCGGGGACAGCAAACAGAAGAGCAGCAUCCAGCUGCAGGCUAUAGCCAAAUGUGCCCAGCUGCUGGUGAGCAUAAAGCAGAAGCAGCCACAGGACCAGGAUAUUGAGGGCUUCCAGAAAGUACUGCACUUCGGCUCCGUGGCUGUGGGCCGCACCGCUGAGAGGCAAAUCCAGCUACAUAAUCCGUCGGCGGUGAGUGCCCCCUUCAAGAUUGAAGUGGUCCCAGACAUGCUGAUCAAAGACCAGGCCUUCUCAUGCCCCACGGCCUAUGGCACCGUGCCCCCAAGAGGGAAGAAAUAUGUGUCGGUGUUUUUCCACCCGGAGACCUUGGACGUCAGAACUGUGGACUACUUCUCUGUUAUGCCCUCUGGCAGUGCCUCCCAAACCCUGCUUAAAGUCGUUGGUUUCUGCAGAGGUCCUGAUGUGUCCCUGCAGCACUACUGCAUCAACUUCAGCUGGGUCAACCUCGGAGAGCGCCCAGAGCUGUCCCUGGGGAUUGAGAACAAAUCGGACUGCACGGCCCACUUCCAGUUUGCCAUUGACUGCCAGGAGAGUGUCUUCAGCAUCCGACCUACCUUCGGGACCCUGGUGGGCAAGGCCCGCAUGACCCUGCUCUGUGCCUUCCAGCCCACUCACCCCAUCAUCUACUUUCGGCGAGUGGCCUGUCUCAUCCACCACCAGGAGCCGCUGUUCCUGGACCUGAUUGGGACCUGUCACUCAGACAGCACCAAGCCAGCCAUCCUGAGGCCUCAGCACCUCACUUGGUACCGCACACACCUGGUGAGGGGCCUGGCACUCUACCCCCCUGACAUCCUGGGCCUCAUGCUGAGCGAGAAGAAGCUGGAGCAGGACAAGAACGGCGCUCUUGUGAUUCCCCCAGAGGACCCGGAGGACAGGCCAGCCCUGCAGUAUCCCAUCAUCCCCCCCAUGACUGAGUACUUCUUUGAUGGCACCAGAGACGUGGCCAUCUUCCCCCCACCUGUCAGCCUGGAGCCUGGCGAGGUGGAUUUCGGUGCCUGCCCCGGGCCUGAGGGUCCCAGCCCUGUUCCACUGUGCCUAAUGAACCACACCAAGGGCAAGAUCACUGUGGUCUGGACACGCAGGUCUGACUGCCCCUUCUGGGUGACCCCAGAAACCUGCGAUGUGCCCCCGCUCAAGUCCACGGCCAUGCGCCUGCACUUCCAGCCGCCCCACCCAAGUGGCCUCUACGCCGUGGAGCUUGAAGCCUUCGCUGUCUACAAGGUCCUGCAGAACUUCAGUAAUAUCGAGGAGGACUGCACCGUGUGCCCGUCCUGGUGCCUGACACUCCGGGCACGAGGCCACAGCUAUCGUGCUGCCUUGGAGCACCACAUCCCCCAGUAUUCCCUGGAGGUCCCCAAGCUAUUUCCUGCAGUGUCUCCCAGUGAGCCCUCCUACUGCAGCCUGCUCCUGACCAACAAAGGCUCCAUGCUGCUGACCUUCAACCUGGCCCCCAGAGGCAGCUCAGACCUCUCCCUGCGGCCCAGCUCAGGCCUCGUGGCCCCUGGGGCCCACCACAUCUCCCUCAUCUGCACCUGCCCCCGGGGCAACUCCUGGAAGCAGCACACUUUUUACUUGCAGUUCAAUUUUUGCCCUCAGUACCUCAAGGAGGUGAGCAUGCAGAGCCGGGAGGAGCCACUGCAGCUGAAGCUGGACACCUACAAAAACGUUUUCUUCAAGCCCACCCAGGUGGGCUUCUCCUCCACCAGCCUCUUCACCUUCUCCAACCCCUCACGUCUGCCCCUGGAGUUUGAGUGGAGGAUCUCCCAGCAGUACCAACGGAUGCUGGCCGUCCAGCCUGCCAGGGGGCUUAUCCAACCCAACGAGAGCCUUACGCUGACGUGGACCUUCAGCCCCCUGGAGGAGACCAAGUACCUGUUCCGAGUGGGGGUCUGUGUCUGGGAAGCCAACCUGCCCCCAAACGUCAAGCCCCCCCGCACCACCCACUACAUGAUCCGGCUGGUGGGCAUGGGCAUCACCAGCACCCUCUCUGCGAAGGAGAAGGAGCUGGACUUUGGGAACGUGGUGGUGAACAGCAACCAGUCCAGGUGGCUGGUGCUCCUGAACGAAGGCAACUGCACCCUUGACUAUCGCCUGUUCCUGGAGCAGAGCAGCCCUGAGGGUGUGAGCAGCGGCCCUCCCGCUUUUCAGCUGGAGCGCACAGAGGGGAGCAUUCCACCCCGCUCCCAGGACACCAUCUGCCUGACUGCCCGUCCCAGCCACCGGUCCCAGUACUCCUGGACCGUCAGCUACUCUCUCGUCUCCCACAGAGAUAACAAGGUUGGGGAGAAGCAGGAGUUGUGCCGCGUCUUCCUGAUGGCCGUGUACCCCUUACUCUCCGUCCUGGAUGUCUGUUCCAUGGGUAGCGCUCAGGGCAUCACCCGGAGGCACCUGUGGCACCUCUUCUCCCUGGACAUGCUCAACAGUUACUUGGAGCGCGACCCCACCCCCCAGGAGCUCACCUACAAGGUGCCCACCCGGCAUAGCACAAGUCAGAUCCCCCCCAUCUUCACCCCUCUGAAACUCGACUUCAAUUUUGGGGCAGCGCCAAUAGAGGCCCCACCCUCUGUGGUGCUCCUGGCCCUGAAGAACAGUGGAGUGGUGCCCCUGGACUGGGCCUUCCUCUUUCCAAGCGACCAGCAGAUUGACCUGGAGCCGUGGGCAGACGAAGCGGAGUUUGACUGCAUCGAGCUACACCAAAUGCGUGUGCAGGACAAUUGCAUAUUCUCCAUCAGCCCCCGGACGGGGAGCCUGAGUCCUGGGCAGGAGCAGGUGGUGGAGCUCCAGUACAGCCACCUCUUCAUUGGCACUGAUCGCCUCCCAGUGCUCUUCAAGGUGUCCUAUGGCCGGGAGAUCCUGCUAAAUUUCGUUGGUGUGACAGUGAGGCUGGAGCAGAAGUAUGUGCACUUCACCUCCACGAGCCACCAGUUCAUCCCUGUCCCCAUCGGUGACGCACUGCCGCCGCAGCAGAUUUAUGAGAUGUACAAUGGUGGCUCGGUGCCCGUGACAUAUGAGAUCCAGACCAACGUCCUGACUCAUGUUCAGGAAAAAAAUUUUGACCACCCCAUCUUCUGCUGCCUCAACCCCCAAGGGGAGAUCCAGCCGGGCACAACUGCUCAGGUCCUGUGGAUCUUCUCACCUAUUGAAGCCAAGACCUACACAGUGAACGUGCCCGUACACAUCCUGGGAUGGAACUCAGCCAUAAUCCAAUUCCAAGGAGUGGGCUAUGACCCCCAUGCCAUGGGGGAUACAGCCCCUUUCCACAAUAUCUCCUCAUGGGACAACAGCUCCGUACACUCAAGGCUGAUGGUCCCUGGACAGAAUGUCUUCCUGUCCCAGUCUCGCAUCUCACUGGGAAACAUUCCUGUGCAGAGCAAGUGCAGCCGCUUUCUGUUCCUCAACAACAUCUCCAAGAAUGAGACAAUUGUCUUCGUCUGGCAGCUGAAGCCUCUAGACUUCGGGGAGGUGUCUGUGAGCCCCAUGAAAGGGAAGGUGGCCCCGGGAGAGUCAAUCCCAUUUGUGGUGACUCUGAAGGCCUCAGUGCAUGCCAGUUUCUACAGCAUGGACCUGGUAUGCAAGGUGUACCAGCAGGAACUCCUUCAGGAGUUCCAUAAAGAGCUGCAAGAGUGGAAGGAUGAGCAGGUGCGGCAGGAAGUGGAGUUUACAAUCACGGACAGGAAAGUGGAGAGAAGGGUAUAUUGUACAGCCUGUGGACCUACGAGGAAGUACAAGACGCUGCCCCCUAUCAGGAAACAGCAGUCUCUCAACCAGCCCACCAGCUGGAAUCUUAAGAUCCCAAAGGAGGAGACAUCUUGGCCACGUCCCCAGCCACCUUCACCAAUCAUGCUCUACUUGGGCCUCACUGCCCGUGCCCAUGCCAUCGACUACUUCCUGGCUAACUUCUUCUCCGACUUUUCCCGAUACUUCUUGCACAGGGACCUGCCAAAGAAUUGUGUCAGGGAGGAGUCAGAGGCUUCUGAGAAAGAAUCCCCUGACAAGUGGGACCCUGCCUCCAAGCAGAAGAAGCAGCUUCUGGUUGACUGUCUCACCGCCAUCAUCAGGGGCCUGUUGGAAGACAAGACCUUCCAUGAGGCCAUAGAACAAACCCUGGUGGAGCGGACGCCUUACUUUUGCCAGUUCUGGAAUGAGCAGUCAGCCAGGUUCAUGGCCCACAACAGCAAUGUGUACUUAGAGCCAGACUCAUCUCUAUCCUCCGACAGUGGAGAGAAUGCGGAAGCCAAGGAGCAGGAGGAGGACAAAUGGAGGCCGGGGAAGCAAGAAGUAGGGGAAGAGGAUGAGGAGGAGGAAGAAGAAGAGGAGGAGGAGGAGGAGGAGUUAGAGGAGGAAGAGGAGGAAGAAGAGAUAAAAGAGGAGGAGGAAACAGGCAAGGAGGAGCUGGAGGUGAAGGAGGAGGUAAAGGAGAAGGAAGAGAAGUUGACCCGGACAGGGAUUGAAUCCACACCGCCACCUAUGUCCCAGGAGUUGCAGAAAUGGUGGUGGCAGCAGCAGCUGAAGGUCAUAAUGAAGGAGGAGCAAGAGCACGAUGAGAAGGAGGCCAUCAGUCGGCUCCCGGCUUUCGCCAACCUGCAGGAGGCGCUGCUGGAGAACAUAAUCCAGAACAUCCUGGUGGAGGCGAGCCGAGGAGAGGUGGUGCUCACCUCUCGGCCGCGCGUCAUCGCGCUGCCACCGCUCAGCUUUCCCAGAACUCCGACUCCAGACCUGCUGGCGACAGCUCCCCUAGAGUCACAGCAAAUAGUGCCCCGGCUGCUGGCGGCACCGCCCUCUCCUGAUGUAUUGCGGACACAAGCGCCCAGCCCCUUGAACUUGCUUCCCUAG